CCUCAAGCGAGAUAUAGGAGUGUGCUGAACUCGUAUCCCAACGCUAAGAUCCUCCUAGGAAACGCAAGAGUUAAUUUGCAUCACGAACUGACCAGUCAACGUUAACGGGCAUACAAAGAUGACGACUCUGAUGAAUGCAUUAUAUUACGACGCGCCAAAACAGUUUGGUGUCAAACAAGUACCAAUUCCCCAGAUCACGGAUGAUCAAGUACUCGUGAAAGUAUCGUGUUGUGGCGUCUGCGGAACCGACGGACAUGUCCAUGUCGGCGAAUUUGGGGCGCAAUUCCCUCUAAUCCCAGGGCAUGAGAUAACGGGCACCAUCGCCGCUAUAGGGAAACAUGUCAAAGAGUUCGCCGUUGGCGACAGAUGUGUAGCAGACCCAUCUAUACUGUGCGAGAACUGUUUCUACUGCCGCAGGGGAAAGCAUGUCCUCUGUGAGAAUUAUCAGGGUAGAGGCGUGCACGUCGCGGGCGGGUUCGCGGACUACAUUGCAUUCGACGUCAAGAAGGUAUACAAGAUCAACAACCUGAGCGAAGAGGAAGCAGUGCUGGUCGAGCCCACAGCAUGCGCCGUGCACGGCAUGGACAAGCUCAACGCGCCCGUCGGCGUGGAGGUACUGCUCAUCGGCGCCGGCCCCACGGGACUUGUGCUAUCCCAGCUACUCAAAAUCAACGGCGCGUCGAAGGUGGUCAUCGCUGCGCCCAAGGGGCCGAAGACCGAGAUUGCUAGGCAGCUGGACGCGGCGGACGAAUACAUCGAAUUGGAUAGGAAGAACCCAGAAGCACAGUGGGCGCAACUGAAGAAAGACUAUCCUUAUGGCUUCGAUGUUGUGGUCGAGGCCACAGGUACUGAGAAGAUCGCGAACGAAGCAAUCAACUACGUACGCCGAGGAGGAACUCUCCUCAUAUACGGCGUAUACGACGAAUCCGCUCUGGUCCACUGGAAACCAUCCAAGAUAUUCGGUGAUGAGAUCAACAUCAUUGGGUCAUUUGCGCAGACGCACUGCUUCCCCCGCGCGGUGGCUUACCUGGAGAGCGGUAAGAUCAAGACCAAGGGGAUCGUGACUGACGUCCUGAGCCUUGACGACUGGCAUAAGGUUCUGGAAAAGAUGGAGAACCGCGGGGCAGUGAAGAUUGCAGUGAAGCCCUGAUCUCGAAGUACAGAUUAACGAUACAUAAACACAACACUUGACAUAUCACCUCCCCCCCCCCCAAAGUACAGUAAUGGAUGCGGAAUAUAGUCGAUCGAAUAGCCCGUGCGGAAGUAUAGCUGGCGAUUUUGCAAGGUGUAUAAGCAUAUUGAAGGGUAUGGCGCGCCCUGGGGGAAACCCCAACUAGUUCAGAGCUUCCGUGGCGUCCACCUCUAGCCGCUCAACGAGACCGUUCCCCAAUUUCUUCUCGAUGUUAUGAACCCCGCUUUGAGCUUUUACGAGUCCAAAACCGAAGCUAACCCCACCACCCAUAGACCUCUCCUCUCCGUGUCCCCCGCCCGUUUUGAACUCCUCCACAAGUUUACAUAGUCCCUCUUCCGUCGUCCAAGCGCCCGUGUAACCUAUCCCACCU